GGAUUAAAGAAUUUGGGAAACUCGUGCUACAUGAACUGCAUCGUGCAAUGUCUUAGUGGGACACCCAACUUGAUCUCCUUCUUUCUCAACGGGAGUUUUAAGAAUCACAUCAACAAGAACAACCGCUUGGGGUCGGGCGGAGUCUUGUCCACCAACUUCAAAGACCUCGAACGUUUGAUGCUUUCCAACGACAAGAGCUACGUCAUUCCAUCUGAGUUCAAGAAGGUUUUGGGCACCUUGAACAGCCAAUUUCGGCACUUUGACCAACAAGAUUGCAUUGAGUUGUUGGACUAUUUGUUGGACGGGCUCCACGAGGAUUUAAACACUGCAAACAGGGACAAGGCGAAAGCCUUUUUGGAGUUGACCGAGCAGGAGGAGUUGCAGCGGGAGUUGUUGCCAGUGCGGUUGGCCUCCACGAUCGAAUGGGAGCGCUACUUGAAGCUGAACUUCUCGAUUGUGGUUGACUUUUUCCAGGGCCAAUACUAUUCCCAGUUGCGAUGUUUGACAUGCAACACAACCUCCACCACGUACAACGCCUUCUCCAUUUUGAGUUUGCCGAUUCCCAACGAAACCUCCUCGCGAGCCAUUUCCUUGGAGCAGUGUCUUGAUGAGUUUUGCGCGACGGAAAUCUUGGACGGUGAUGAUAAGUGGAACUGUGUCCGGUGUAAGUCGCCCCAAAGGUCCUCCAAGAGACUACAAAUCACUCGCUUGCCAAACGUGAUCAUCAUCCACUUUAAGCGGUUCAAGAUGAACCACCAAAUGACAAAAUUGAACACAAUGAUCACCUACCCGGUGGAUGAGGUGUUGGACUUGACCAAUUACUGGCCGACGCCCGUCGACGCCAACGAGCAGGCGAAAUUGGCGCACUUGCCCACCAGAAACCAGCACACCCCGUUCAGGUACAAGUUGUAUGGGGUGGCGAACCACUUUGGGAAUUUACAGAACGGGCACUAUACCGCGUUUGUGCACAAGGGCGAGGCUAACGGCUGGUGUCAGUUUGAUGAUACCACCGUCACGAAGAAUGUCAAGCUGCUGAAGGUGAUGAACGAAAAUGCCUAUUGCUUGUUCUACAAAAGAGUGUGA